UCGUCACAUGACGCAAGAGGAAAACUCGGUACACGGAAAUACGUUUCCUGCACGAUCCCGGUAAAAACUUUCCUACACGUGUCCCGUUUCACGGCCGGUCCGGUUUGUUUACCCGCAGAGACCCGGAGGAGAGUCCGGCUGCAGCGGGGAGUCUGCUCCGAGCUGGAGGAUGUCUGAAGAGGUUCUACAUGAGGGGGAGCAGCCCCAGUCCCCGUCCCAGGCCCUUUCCACCCAGUCCCCGUCCCAGGCCCAGUCAACCCAAUCAACCCAGUCCCCAUCCCAGUCUAAGUCACAGUCCCAGCCCGGUUCCAGUUCUUCCAGCGGGCCGACCUCAGCCAGCCAGUCUUCCAGCGGCUCGGGGACGCUGAGCAGCGUGGACACCAUCCCCGUCACCCUGCCGUCCGUCCCCGAGGAGCCCGAACCACAACCCUGGGGCCGCCUGCUGCCCAUGGCCCGAGGCUUCAGGAGCCACGACUGUUUAGAGGACCAGUACCUGUUUGGACGGGACUCUAAGUGUAACUAUGUUCUGGAUGAUCCGGACGACAGACGAUCCAAAAGGUUCAGAAUCUACAGCAAGAAACACUUCAGGAUCUACAGAGAGGGCAGCGAGGUGUUUGUGGAGGACUACAGUAAUAACGGGACGUUUGUUGACGGGAAGCUGAUCGGUAAAGACAAGAAGCUUCCUCUGGUCAACAACGCGGUGCUCGCUCUGUCCGAACAACGCAACAAAGUCUUUGUCUUCAUUGAUCUGAUGUCAGAUGAUCAGUCCAGUUUACCUAAAGAGCUUCAGGAGAAAUAUCUGCUGACUCGGCGGAUCGGCACAGGCGUGUGUGGUGAAGUCAAACUGGCCUUCGAGAGAUCCACCUGCAGAAAAUUUGCUGUGAAAAUAAUCAAUAAGAAGAAUUUUCAGUCUGAAGGGACAGCGACACGGAACGCAAAGACAGAGAUUGAGAUUCUGCAGAGAGUCGACCACCCUUGUCUCAUAAAGACGGAGGACUUUUAUCAGACGGAGGACAGUUACUACAUCGUGUUGGAGCUGAUGGAAGGGGGAGAGUUGUUCCACAAGGUGAAGUCUCAGCAGCAGCUGGACGAGUCUGUUGCCAAACUUUACUUUUACCAGAUGCUGAGAGCCGUCCAGUACCUCCACAGUAACGGGAUCAUCCACAGAGACCUGAAACCAGAGAACGUCCUGCUGUCCUCACAGGACGACGUCUGUCUCAUCAAGGUGACUGACUUUAACCAGUCCAGGAUCUUGGAGGAGGCCAUGUUGAUGAGGACUCUGUGUGGGACUCCAUCUUACCUGGCUCCUGAAGUCUUCACUCACGCCUCCACCACAGGUUACAGCCUCGCUGUGGACGCGUGGAGCCUCGGAGUCCUGCUCUUCGUCUGUCUGGGGGGUUAUCCUCCCUUUCAUGAGAGCUUCGGUCAUCAGUCGAUCACGGAACAAAUCAUUCGUGGAGAGUUUACUAUGGUUCCAUCCAAGUGGAAAAACAUCUCUGACCAAGCGAAGGACGUGGUGAGGAAGCUGCUGGUUGUUGAUCCCAGUAAGCGGAUGACUAUAGAGGAGGCUCUGCAGCACCCCUGGCUACAGGAUCAUGUGAUGUUGGAGACGGCUCACAGACUCAUGAACCUCUCUGCUGCCGCCAUGCAGCCCCCUGACUCCUCCCCCCAGCAGGAGGCGGGGUCAGCGUCAGGAGGCUCCCGGAGGAAACGAGGACGAGAUGAAGGAGACGAAGAGGAGGAACAUCCUGCCAAACGGAGCCAAGCUCCACCCCCUGCCCCACUGUAGAGGACCAAUCAGAUUCAGCCGUUCCUCAGGUCACGUGACUCAGUUACCCGUUCACUACUGAAACACUGUAAAUAAACGUUUGAAUGUUUUCUAAUAAAGUCUUUUAUAUUUUUCA